AGCAGGCAAUAAUCGACGGCGACGGCAAUAGCUAUAGAAUGGGUGUGGUGAUGGGAGCGGAUUGCCGUCGGUCGUGGCGGGCACUGGAGAGUGAGGUUGGGUCCGCGUCUAUGUCCACGCUCUCACGAAGAGUCCCGCAUCGGGGUAUGUUGGGGAGUUGGCGGCGUAUGUCUGGCGUGUUGAGGUGGGAUUGCUAGUGUGCUGAGGGUUUGCUGGAGUCGGUCGUAUACACUUGGGGUUUGGUUUGGAUUCAAGUAGCGGAGUGUGAAGGAGAAGGGCGAUUUUGGAAUUGGGUUGUUGGCGGGCGGGAAUUUGGAGCUAGCUCACUUUUAGAGCGGUGAGGUUGGGGGCUGUGUAAACUGAAGAUGUGCUGGGUGGAGCGUAUGCUCUUUCUAGUAGGCCUCCGUCGUUGUUGCUUGAUUGCUGUGUAGUGGUGAGUGAGAAGGUGGAGGAGAAGCUUGAAUUAGUUGGUGUCGUGCUCUAAGCAAGUGGUUUCUCGUCCGGUGGGGUUUGCGUUUGAAGGCGUGUCGUGGUUGUGAAGGGGUGUUGUGGAGUCGGAUUCGUAGGGGUUGAGCUUAGUUUGAGAAGUUUGAGGUAUCAGAGAGCAGCGAGAAAUUUGUUAGCUUCCGCUGUCAGUCUGGCGUAUUCGGCGUACAGCUCAAGUACUGGAGCCGGCAUGGCUAGAGAGAAGCGUGAGAGAGAUGGUUCUAAAGAUGGUUUGCCGGACGAAAAGCGGGCGAGGCCACAGCUUGCUAGUGUCAUAGUUGAAGCUGUGAAAAUUGACAGUCUUCAGAAAUUAUGUUCGACCUUAGAGCCGCUACUUCGAAGAGUGGUAGGAGAGGAGGUGGAGCGUGCACUUACAAAGUUCGCCUCUCCUAAACCUGGACUUCGAUCUUCGCCUAAGAGGAUAGCGGGGCCUGACCAGGAGAAUCUUCGGUUGCAAUUUAGAAACAAGUUAGCUCUACCCCUUUUCACCGGAAGCAAAGUGGAGGGAGAACAAGGUUCUGCAAUUCAUGUGGUCCUGCAGAAUGCAAACACUGGGCAUGUUGUUACAUCGGAUCCGGAAGCAUCUGCCAAGCUGGAUAUAGUUGUGCUAGAAGGCGACUUCACAGCUGAUGACGAAGAGAAUUGGACCCAGGAAGAGUUUGAAAAUUACGUGGUUAGGGAACGAGAUGGGAAGAGGCCUCUUCUUACAGGGGAUCUCAGUGUCGUCUUAAAGGAUGGUGUCGGGACUUUGGGAGAAUUGACAUUCACAGAUAAUUCCAGUUGGAUUCGUAGUCGCAAGUUUCGAUUAGGUGUGAGAAUUACAUCAGGUCAGUGUGAGGGCUUGAGAAUUCGAGAGGCGAAAACGGAGGCUUUCACUGUUAAAGAUCAUCGCGGAGAACUGUACAAGAAGCACUAUCCACCUGCCUUGAAUGACGAGGUAUGGCGCUUGGACAAGAUUGGGAAGGACGGAGCCUUUCACAAGCGCCUCAAUCAAAACCAUAUUCUGACAGUAGAAGACUUUUUGCGGCUGGUAGUCAUGGAUCCUCAGAGGCUGCGCAAUAUUCUAGGAAAUGGAAUGUCAAACAAGAUGUGGGAAGGCACAGUGGAGCACGCCAAAACGUGUGUCUUGAGUGGGAAACUGCAUGUAUAUUACGCCGAUGAGAAGCAGAAUAUUGGCGUCAUAUUCAACAACAUUUUCCAGCUAAUGGGGCUUAUUGCGGAUGGUUCAUAUAUGUCCGUUGAUUCCCUUUCUGACAGUGAAAAGGUUUACGUGGACAAAUUGGUAAAAGUAGCUUACGAAAACUGGGAGAAUGUGGUGGAGUAUGAUGGAGAGGCAUUGAUUGGCGUUAAGAAUCAAGCAAAGGGUUUUGAUAGCCAUACUGAAGAUCCUCUUGGUGGCCGGAACUUCCCUUCGCAAGGCAGUGGAGGAGCAGGGUCUAGUACAUUUGGACAGGAUCAGCGAGGUAUGGUAACGCGAUCAUAUUCUGGUACUACCAACCUGCUGCGAGAUAGUAACAUUGUGGGACCUGUCCUGCAAAGGAACAGCAACAUCGAGGCAAGCCGUCAACCCGUCCUGGCAAGUUCCUCUGAAAACCUUGCGGUGGGGGCUAGACCUGGAAUGAUAGGGUUAGCCCUUGGGCCUCCCCAGAAUGAGCUGCCUGCUUCAAGUUCCGGAGUAGGUCCUUUAGUCCCUGCUUUGAUGAACCACCCUUCAGCAGCGCUUGAGUGGCAACCACGUAGUCGUAGCAUGCGGCUCCAAGAUAGUUUCGGACGCAUUACUUCACCUGAAGAAAUGCUUAGUGAGGACGAGAUUCGUCGUCAAAGUUUGGAACUCUUAGAGAAUGAGGAUAUGCACGCACAGAUCCAGCAAUUACUGCGUAUGUUCAAUGGACGAGGGGAUGUCCCCUCAAGUCCGUUCAUUGGAUUAGACGAUGAUUUCCCCUUCGCAUUACCGGAUAAUAAUGCAGGAGAGCUCAAACCUCGAGAGAAUAACAAGGCUUUCGUAAGUUGGUUGAAACUGAAGGCUGCUUUGCGUUGGGGUAUUUUCAUUCGGAAGCGUGCAGCUGCCAAAAGAGCACAACGGGAAAAAGAUGAGGAAUGAGCUGACUGGACAUAGACCCGCAGGUAGUUGUAGGAUGCAUUCUUUCUAUAUACAUGACUUCUCACACAGGUUUAAAUCUCACCUAGUUUAGCUUUACUCAAUUGGUAGUGGAGUGGGUGAAGUGGCUGAGUUAAUAUAGCUUUUCCAAGGGCAUGGAGUUGGAUUUUUUUUUAUUUUUUUUAUUUUUUUAAAUUUAUUAUUUUUUAAUUUAUUUAUUUUAAUUCCUUGUAAAUGUUCAUUGUUAAGCUUUUAGUCCUUUCAGAGUCACAGCCCUUCAAGGCUUUUGCUCUGUUCUGCUCUUGUACCAAACUGGAAGUAUAUUCCACAGUCCAGGAAUGGAAGGCAAGGGUGAAGCUGUAAAUGUUUAGAUUGCUUAAGGAGAUACACGUCCUUCCGACUUCGCUUUAUUUGUAAUUAAA